UGAACAGGCAGAGGAAGAGCAGGACUCUGCAGGUAUGAAGAACGUGAGGGGACAUUCCUGAAAAAAAUCUAUCGAAGACACAUAUCUGGAUCAGAAUGGCAACUCUGAACAAUACCGAAAUAACUAAUGACAGUCAAGUCUACCGUUGUACUUUAAAAGAAGAAUUCAAGUACAUUCUCCUCCCGGUUAGUUACAGUCUAGUGCUUGUGUUCGGUCUGGCGUUGAACAUCACGGCCAUGUAUUUCAUCCUGUUUCAAACCAAACACUGGAAGCCCAGCACCAUCUACAUGAUCAACCUCAAUGUCUGUGACACGCUUUACAUCCUCACCCUGCCGUUCCUCAUCUACUACUACGCCGAUAAGAACGACUGGCCGUUCGGUGAGCUGAUGUGCAAGCUGAUUCGUUUUCUCUUCUACACAAACCUCUACGGAAGCAUCCUCUUCCUCAGCUGCAUCAGUCUGCAUCGGUUUUUAGGCAUCUGCCACCCGAUGCGCUCUUUGUACUGGAUGAACGGCCGCCGCGCUUGUUUGAUUUCUGUGGGAAUAUGGGUGAUCGUUCUCACCUUGCAGGCUCCGAUUCUUUAUUUUGCCAGGAUGAGACAUAAUGGUAAAGAUUUGGUCUGUCAUGACACCACCAUCAAGGAGCUCUUCGAUGACUUUCUGGUCUACACCUCGGUGAUGAUGUUUUUGCUUUUUGUCCUACCGUUUGGGCUGGUGCUGGUCUGCAACGGCCUGAUGGUGAAGAAACUUCUUGAUCCCGGCGUUGUCAGAGAACCAAUGUCACAGCGCUCCAAACAGAAGUCGGUGAAGAUGAUCAUUAUUGUGCUUCUGACUUUCAUGCUGUGCUUCUUGCCUUUCCAUGUGAACCGCACUAUAUACUAUACCCUCCGUUACGUGGACAAACACGACUGCGACAUAAUUCGAAUCUCCAACAACAUCUACAAGGUCACACGACCUCUGGUCAGUCUCAACAGCUGCAUCGACCCCAUCCUCUACUUCAUGGCAGGACAGAGCUUCAGAAACAGCUUCAAAAAGAAAUUAAGCAUAAAAACUGACAAAUCCCUCUCAACAUUGCAGUAAAGACAUUUUUUUUUGUCUUUAUUACUUCAUAGAAUGAACAUAUGACCUUAUUUCCUCCUAGACAUGUCUAAAUUGCCUCAGAUGUCUGGUUUUGACUGUGUUUUCGUACUUGCUGAAUGCAAUGACUAAAAAGGAGUUUGACAAAUAGCGUGCAAAAAUUGCACAUAAUCGAUCAAUCGUAGCAUUUCUUCAGGUCCCACAAAUUCUUUGGUUUUUCAGCAUAUUUGUGUAUUUUAACCCUUUACAACAAUGUAUGAUUUUGAGAUCCAUCUUUUCACACUGACGGACUCAUAUGCAACUAUUACAGACGGUUCAAAUGCUCACUGAUGCUCCAAAAGAAAUAAAACAUGGAUUAAGAGCCGGGGGAUGAAAAUAUUUGAACAGAAUGGAGAUGUGAACAUUUUUCUUAUUUUGCCUAAAUAUAAUAUUUUUUCAUUUACUACCGCCCUUUAGAGGCUACAGAAGAUAUCUACAUGUUUCCCUGAAGAUAAAAUAAGUUACAGUUACCCUGAUCUUCAAAUUCCAAAAGUUUUCACCCCCCGGCUCUUAAUGUAUCGUUUUUUCUUUGAACCUUCUGUAAUAGAUGCAUAUGAGUCCCUCAGUGGUUCUCAGUGUGAAAAGAUGGAUCUCAAAAUCAUAGUCAUUUUUGGAAAGGGUUCAAAUACACAAAAAUGCUGGAAAACCAAAAGGAUUUUUCUGAAGAACAGCAGGCAGUUUAACUACAGGACAAACAAGGGAUUCAUGAACUACCGCUAAACAAAAAAAAAAAAAAAAAACAGUGGUGGUUUAUUCAGGUAACAACACAGUAUUAAUAAUCAAGGGGAUGUAGACUUUUGAACCGGGUCAACUAUUAUUUUCUCUUGUAGACUAUAUGUAAACAUAUUUAAUGUGAAAUAUCUUAUUCAGGUCAGUACUAAAUAAACAAUAACAUGCAUUUUGUAUGAUCCCUCUUACUUUGAUAAAAUAAUUAACAUUUUGCAGAUUCUGAAAAUAUGUACAUAUAAUGUAUGAGGACUGCACAGAGCACAUAAAUAAGAAAACAAUGCCAAAACCCAGACAUUUAGGCGGUUUAGAAAUUCUGUUUACAUAUUUAUGGAAAAUAGGGCUUUUCACACGGCACUUAACCCAGGGUUAUCGUUGUUACAGGAAUGUUUUGCACAUGCAGCUAAUUUAGAAAUGAGGUUAACACUGCUUUUACCCGGCUAGCUGUUUAGCAACAGACGCCUGAUUGCUCGUCUCACCUGUGAAAUGGUGACAAAAAACAUGUCAAUUGAAGUGAACAGACUGGUUAAUCAUCACCUAUAUAAUAUAUAGCUGAUAUAAACGACAUAAAUAUAGCUGCCUUCGUGCUACGUCGUAAUUACCGUAAUUCCGAGAUGACAAUACGUGACGUUCUUCCAAGCAGGGUUGCCAAGUCUGUGGUUUUACUGUGAAAUUGGGCUACUUUAACACUGUUGCCGCGGGUUGAAGCGACCCCAAAAACGUGUAUUUUUCUCCCCGAAACGUGAUUUUUCCAGAGGGACCCCGCUCAAAACGUGAUUGGGCUAUUUUUGUGCAGGUUUUGAGUAGCAAUUGGACGGGUUUUGUUGUGAAAACCUGGCAACCCUGACAGUGGGGACGAAAUUGGGCUAGUUUUGUUUCACAGACCUGGCAAUCCUGCUUCCAAGUCGUCAAACUCGUAAUUAUACGUUUAUCCGUCUAAAUUUAGCAUGUUUAAAGUCUAGUGUUACCACGGUGUGAUUAACUAUUUAAAGUGUGAAAAGCCCUUUUGUUGAUGUUACUGUAACAAUUUCCUGGUAAUCAUCAGGUUAUUUCAUAUAAUCCGUCCAAUAACAUGUGAAAUCAUAAUAGUGUGUUAGUAUACUGAAAAUGUUAUGUCUUCACUGUUUUCUGUGGAUUUUUAAAGUGUGAAUUGUCACCUUUUUUUUUUUAAGGGGAAAUACAUUUAGCCAUUGCUAAUGCUUAAGAAAAGCACAAGCAUAUUUUAGGCUACACCACUGUAUUUUAUUGAAACAGUUCUUUUAAAUGUAAAUGAUAUUUUACAAUAUUACUGUUGUUUUUUUGUUUUGUUUUUUUACUGUAUUUUUAAUUAAAUUAAUGCAAACUUGUUGAUUAGGAGACUUUAUCAAUAUAUAUAUAUAUAUAUAUAUGUGUGUGUGUGUAUAUAUUUAUAUUUAUAUAUAACAACUUACCAACCCCAAGCUUUGAAAUGGUAUGUUACCAGAAAAAUCACCACAAAUAUACAACUUGAUAAAUAUUCCAUACAUCACCAGUGCUAAUGCAUUUAACAUCAGUCUAUAAAGAUGAAGAGAUGUAAAAAUGAAGUUCCACAUCUCAAAUGCUGCAGUAAAGUUCUUUAUUUCAAGAGUAUAAAUAUCAAGAAAAAAAAAAAAAAACAUUAUUU